UGUAUUUGAUAAAGGAAGAAGGCUGGAAAGUUAUAAGUAAACUCCGGACUGCUGUCCUCGUUCAGUACGCAAUUUCUCAUACUCUGUGCUUUCGUUAUGUUAGCGAGGCGAAUGUAAAUGUAAAUGGAUUGUUUUUAUUGAAUGGAGAGGAAAAUACACGUUUUACUUUAAAUCAAGUUUAAUAUCUAAUGAAAAUGCCAAGCAAGCGUAGAAAAUACAAUGCAAGAUUUCCAGCGGGACGCAUAAAGAAAAUAAUGCAAACUGAUGAACAAGUUGGAAAAGUUGCUCAAGCUGUACCCAUCAUAAUCUCUCGAACCUUAGAGCUUUUCGUGCAAUCACUCCUGAACAGCGCCUUAGUUGUGACCAACGCCAAAAAUGCGCGGACUCUCAGUCCAUCCCACAUGAAGCAGUGUAUAAUAUCAAACAGCCGCUUUCAUUUCCUUAAAGACCUGGUAAGAAGCUUACCCGAUGUCAACACAUUUGAUGAAGAUGGAGCUGCGUCGGUGUCAAACACUGCUCCUGCUAACGAAGAAUCAUUGAGUUCCUUUACUGGUAGAAGAUACAGAACUGCCAAUCAACAAGAGAAGCAAGACAUGGAAAAUAAUGAAGAUAAGGAGUCAGAAGAUUCGGAGUCAUCUGAAUCAGAAAAGGACACUGUCAUGAACGCCGAGGAGAGUACAUCAGACUUUGUGAUUGAUGAAGACUAUGGAUCCUGAAUGUUCCUUAUCCAUAAACUCACUUGACACAUUAUUUAUUGGGUGUGUGUCCUUUUGGCAG